AUGAACUUUGAUCAGUUAGUUUCAGGGCUCAGUUAGGUCAGCCUGUUAGUCCUAAUAUCGAUGCAGGGUCUGGAGCGUUUUUGUAAGGGUUACGGUAGCAGUGCAUUUUCAGCUACUGAUCCUUUAACAUUUGGAAAGCCGAUAUCCCUCACUGUCUUACCAAAAGAUGCAAUUCCAACUGCUCCGAGUCUGUCCAUUAUGUCCCCUUUAAAGGGCGAUGGAAAGGAUAUUUGUCUGGCCGCCGGGUUCUUUCCUAGAGAUAAGAAUAUGAUUCUGACUGCGAAUGGUAAAAGCCCUGUGACUCUACCAACUACCAGCAACGCUCCCUUGUUCAUAAGCAGCAAAACCUAUUAUUAUGCUGGCUUCAAUGAGGAUGAUAUUGAACAAUGUCAAAUGGAUCAAGUGGUGAUGACAAAGACAAAGACAAAUGUGGACAUUCCUGUGACAGAUAAACCUGAAAAAUUCCCGAUUCCACAGAAUUGUAAAAUGAAUGCCUCUAGUAUUUCUGCCUCAGUGUUCACUGAUGGCCCUAAGGUGAACUCCAUGACCCUUCUUGUGACAGGUCUGAGAAUUCUGCUUGCUAAAUGUGUUGCAAUCAAUGUUUUGAUGACUGUGAAGGCAUUCCUCAUUUAAAAGUUAAAUUCAGUCAUGUGAGAUUUUUAGCCAAAUCGAAAUAUCUUAACUGAAGCUGCAACGGACACUUGCCAAACAAAUAAUGGGUGAUUAUAGCAAGCUACUAUGUCAACAUUUAUCUCUCAGUCAAUGAAUGUUACAUUUGGAAAAAUACAUGUAGUUUGUAAUUUAUAAAAUAUAAAAUAUAGAUAGAUUGUAUACCUCUGCUUUGACUCUCCUGACAUAUCAAUUAAUUUCUUUCUUAAAUGAAUUGCUUUGCUACAGUAUAUAAUGCAUGACUCUCCUGACAUAUCAAUUCAUUUCUUUCUUAGAUUAAUUGCGUUGCUACAGUAUAUUAUGCAUACAUAUAUUAUACAGUAUAUUCCAGCAUUUUUAACUUUUGUUACGAACAAGUUCAAGUUAGAAAGACAGUUAGGUGUUGCUUUUUUAUUUAAUAUUUUUAGUUUUCGCAAAGUGAUCUAACGGUGUAUAUGUCUUUUUACAUGGUCUUAUUGUCUAACCAAUUACUGUAACUCUUUGACUUCACAAAGCUCUUUACAUGUUAUAUGAAGACAUUUUUUACCUUUUCAAAUAAUAAAAUACGUGAUAAAAGAGAAGUUUCAUAUGAGUAUGUCUAAACCACAGUUUUAACAGCACACACAUGCCGGAGGCACAUGCUCACCACACUUUCUGAUAAAGAUCUACUGCUCGCUUUGGGUUCUAAGAAACAGUGUGUUGUUGUUGCUUAAUUUUCACACUACCUCUGUAAUAAAAAGGGCGAGACCACUAUAAGUAAACCUAACACUAGUUUCUAAGUCCUUUUAUAGUUAUUUACCUAACUUUUAAUGAAAUAGACUUCAUGUGUUCCACACAACAGCAAAACAUGAUCCGUAACACUCUUUUCCAAUUAUCUGUUGUCCAUUGUCUGUGCUUCUUUGCCCACUCUAUAUGUUUAUUUUUGUUUUUCUGUUUCAAAAGUGGCUUUUUAUUUGCAAUUGUUCCGAUAUGUCCUGCACUCAUGAGUCUUCUCUUUACUGUUGUACAUUAAACUGGUGUUGAGCAGGUAGAAUUCAAUGAAGCUGUCAGCUGAGGACAUGUGAGGUAUCAAUUUCCCAAACUAGAGACUCUGAUGUACUUAUCCUCUUGUUUAGCCUUCCACAUCUCUUUCUGUCCUUAUUAGAGCCAGUUGUCCUUUGUCUUUGAUGACUGUAGUGUACACCUUUGUAUGAAAUGUUCAGUUUUUGUUUUUUUUUUGGCAAUUUCAAGCAUUGUAUAGCCUUCAUUCCUCAAUGGAACAAUGAUUGACAGACAAGUUUCUUUUUUUUUUGUUGUCAUUUUUGACCUAAUAUUGACCUUAAGACAUGCCAGUUUAUUGCGUCAACUCAAAAACAAACACAAAGAUAAGCUUUGUUUAACAAACCAAAUAGCUUUCAGCAGUGUUUGAUAUAAUGGCAAGUGAUUUUCUA